UUAAGAGUGGAAGAAAUAUUGAUCAGAGGUCUCAAAUGGAGCAAGCUGCUUGAUCCUGAUAAGAAGGGUCAGUGGUGGUCAUCUGUGGAAAUGGCUUCAACAAGAGACGAUGUUGAAGAGGUUGCCAACACCAUUGACAAAGAGGUUAUUGAAGCGCAGAAAAUGUUGCAGCUUGCUGCGGCACAGAGGAUGAACACAGAUGCUAGGAAGGCAAUUUUUUGUAUAAUAAUGAGUGGCGACGAUUACAUUGAUGCAUUUGAGAAGCUUCUCAGGUUGGACUUGCCAGGAAAGCAGGACCGAGAGAUUAUGCGGGUUCUUGUUGAGUGCUGUUUACAAGAGAAAGUGUUCAACAAGUAUUACGCUGCCCUGGCUUCUAAAUUGUGUGAACAUGACAAAAACCAUAAAUUCACCUUACAGUUUUGCCUCUGGGACCACUUCAAAGAUUUGGAGACAAUGCAGCUUAUUAGAUCAAUGAACCUUGCUAGAUUUGUAGCAGAAAUGGUUGCCUCUUUCACCCUCUCAGUUGCAGUUUUGAAGUCUGUAGAUUUGAAUGAUAUCAAGCAGCUCACUCCGAAAAGGAUAAUGCACUUUCGGAUGCUAUUCGAGGCCAUCUUUCAAUACUCUGACAAAGUUGUAUGGAAUGUAUUUACUCGUGGGGCUGUCGCCCCCGAGCUCGAAAAUCUUCGACAGGGGAUUGAAUUCUUUGUGAAGGAGUAUCUUGUGAAAGCCAAUAAAGCGGCCAGUGAUAAGUUUAAAAUUGUGAGAAAAGCCCUCAACAAUGCAGAGGGAGUUCUCAUAUGAGGUACUUUCUGCCUUCUGGCUGACAAUCAAAUUUUGUAGUUCUUAUCUGAUAUUUAUGUUCAGUUGGCGCCAAAUAAUUUUUUUGUUGAUGCGUGGUUAUUUAUUUCUAGAGUAAUUUGUACCCGUGAUCCUUAACUCUAUAGUA